ACCAUAUUUGUUUGUGUGUAUCCGCAUACCAGACGCUCGUCCAUGCUGGCUUGUGGUCAGUUUAACUGUGUUUGGGUGCAUCACUGUGUGUGCGUUUGUGAAUGUCACCGGCUUCUUUUCUUUUUUUUUUUCUGAGUUAAUCCCUUAAGAAGAGGUGUGGUUCUCUUCCUCGCUCUGCGCUCCCUCUCCUCUCCGUCCCUCACUCUGAACGUAAUAUCAUCACAUGCUCUCUCUCGCUCCUCUCCUCCUCCUGAUUCUUUUCUUGUGCUGUUGUUAAUGCUGUGGCCGCUAGUCCGAGGGACUACUUCCUCUCAGCUUGUCAUCUCUGCAUCUCCUCUCAUCUGCUGACCUUUCUGUGUGAGAUGAGUUCUUGUGGCGAGAUGGGGGAGGCCAUCGAACUCAGCACCAGGGAGCACGUGACCCCGGAGAUGAACAAGCUUCGUCAGAGCCUGAGGAGGAAGAAAGGCACCUGCUUGCCAGAGGCCAGCAGACCGUAUCAGUGGCAGGCUGACGAGGAGGCCGUACGAAAGGGCAAAUGUAAUUUCCCUGUUCGGUACCUGGGGUUGGUGGAGGUCGAGGAGUCGAGGGGGAUGCAUGUAUGUGAGGAGGCAGUGAAUAAACUCAAAGUUAGCGGGAAAAAGACAGUCAAAGCAGUGCUGUGGGUUUCAGCGGAUGGACUCAGGGUGGUGGAUGACAAAACUAAGGACCUCAUCGUGGACCAGACCAUAGAGAAGGUUUCGUUCUGCGCUCCUGAUCGGAACUACGACAAGGCCUUCUCCUACAUCUGUAGAGACGGGACGACCAGACGGUGGAUGUGCCACUGCUUCAUGGCUAUCAAAGACUCGGGCGAGAGACUGAGCCAUGCGGUCGGCUGUGCAUUUGCUGCGUGUCUGGAGAGGAAGCAGCGCAGGGAGAAGGAGUGCGGCGUGACGGCUUCCUUUGACGCCAUUCGCACCCUUUUUGUGCGAGACGGCUCCUUCCGAGUGAACUCAUCCAGCAGCGAGCGCGAUGACAAAAUGCAGGACAAGAAGAAAGACCAAUCCUCUGCAAUCACAGUCCUCCCACCUGGCAACGCCUCGCCACCCGAGGGAGCGGGUUCCCCUAUGGAUCGAUCAGCACCUGGCGGGCCUCAUGCCAUUCCUCGCCGCCACGCGCCCAUUGAGCAGCUGGUACGGCAGGGCUCGUUCAGGGGAUUUCCUGCUCUCAGCCAGAAGAACUCUCCGUUUAAGAGGCAGCUGUCGCUCCGCCUCAACGACCUGCCAUCCACACUGCAACGCAAGACCGACUUCCAGACCAAGAACCCUGAGAUGGAUAUGGGGUUGCCAGGCGAGGGAGAGGGUUGUAUUAACGCUCUGUGUGGCCAGAUGAACGCCGCGCUCACCAAGCCAUCAGACGAGAUCUUCACCAACCCCUCUUUGUCUGCAAAUGGUCCUCCAACCUGCCCCGUCCCCCCUAUCCUGCCUCCACCACCUGCGCCAAUGCAGGCCACCUCUUCCUGGGUGCAGCCGGAGCCUCCGCUUCACUCUCCUCCUCCAGUUUCCGUGGCGAUGCAGAUGCAAAUGCAGAUGCAGUGUGGUCACAGGCGCACACCCUCCGAAGCCGAGAGAUGGCUGGAGGAGGUCUCCAAGGCAGUCAAGGCUCAACAGACUCCUCCCCCUGGCUCCACAAUCCCCACAAUCCCUGGACCACCCUCCAUGUCCAGUCAGGCAGCCAUAGCAGCUGCCCCAGUUUCCACCAUCCCCCUGUCCAUUGGCAACAUUUCAAAACCCCUCAUCUCGGGCCCUUCCGCUCUCUCAGGUCAGGUCCCAUUGCCCCUCCAACCCAUAUCAAUAUCAUCAGUUCCCUUAAUACCUGGCCCUCCAGUAACAGGCCCCCCCAUGUCUCUACCUUCUAUGUCAAUUCCCACGAUGUCCGGUCCAAGCAUGACUGGGGCACCCAUGAUGCAGCCCCCCAUCCCUCAAGGCUCCCUUCCCAGCUCCAUGCAGCCCUUUCCUUUGGCUUUUGAUGUCACUCCAGCCCCUGUGGGAAUGUUUGCCAGUCAGCCUGUCCAACCGGCCUUUGUGCCUAUGCAGACCUACAUGCCAGGCCUGGCCAGCAGUAUGACCUAUCCCAAUGCCAGUGUGCCUGUGGUUGGCAUCACACCGUCACAAAUGGUGGCUAACGUCUUCUGCACAGCUACAGGCUCGUCCAGUGCAGGGGGCACCAUGGGCUCGGCAGGAAUAGGACCGAAAGUGGGAACACUUGGAUCAGUUGGGCAGCACCAUUCUUACCCAGUAGCAGUUGGGGACACUGGAGGGUUUUCCACUCCGCCAUUAUCAACAACUAUUAAUGGCCUCCCACCGCACAGUAGCAUGAUGGACCUGCAGAAUGGGACCUCCAGCAGCAGUAGCAAUUGGCCGCCAGAGGGCAGCCAGCUAACAGCUCCAGCACCGACCGUUGCGCAAGACGAUGAUCGAUUUGAGGCCAAGUGGGCGGCACUGGAGGCCAAGCCAGCGGCUCAUCCUGGCAAUGUGGCGCCAGCUGCGGCCGCCAACCCUUUUUCCAACAAUCUCCAACAGACUUUUGAGAUUGAGCCAGAUCGGUCCUCCCAAAGCUGUAGCUCUAGCACUGGAAUCAAAGCCUGAGGGAGCCUGGCACCAAUUCCAGCAUCUCUGCUUAGUGACAGCAGGAUGCAGAACCUUCAAGUUAGCCUAGCACCGGACCUGUGGCAGCCUGGUAACUUGCUAAAAGCCCUCAUUGGAGUCAAUGCUAUUAUGAUCCUUAUUGCUUUCUUUGCACUCCCUUGAGAGUUUUGGAGGAAGUUGUCAGAUUGCUGGGCUGCCAUUGGAAAGUCGGGUUUCUAGAUGACUACGCUAAAUGGGCUGAAUCUUUUCACUUCAUCCCGCUAACCUCUCUUCCCCGAGUUCACAUCGCCACUCACGCUUUGCUUUACCUGCUGCGAGUCCCAGGAUGUACUGUAUGUGCCCACUGAGGACAAUGUGGGGGGGGGGGGGGGCACCUCAGUGGUUUCUUUCUUUGCAAAGGGGACUCCAUCCAGAUGCAUUUCCAAUCCACAUAUGAGAUGUUUUGUUUUUUUUAUCUGGUGGAGAAUAUUGGGGAUAACUAAGCAGAUAUGGCUACAUCACAAGACCUGCAGAGAAGCAGAGGAGAUGAUCAGACCGAUGCUGAUCUUAACCGAGCACAGCAAAAUGUCUGGAUACCUGAAAGGACUUGCCAAUGAUGUAAGACCCGGCCAUUUCAACAUGAAAGGACUUACUAAUAGUUGAGAUUUAUGGCGAAAAUUAUUUUAUUUAUUGUAAUUCUUUUUUUUAUUAUAACAAGUUAUAUAUACAUGCAAAUCUAAAUUUUUAGUGUUCCAGGAGCUAUAUUUAUUUAACAGGAGCGAAACUACAGGUAGCAGACAGGUAUCAGGGCAGCAGAAGCGGGGGAAACAAGUAGCAAGAGCUGACAGCUAGGCAACAGCAACAGUAUGACACAGUAGUGUAUAUAGCAGCAUGUUUCUUCCACCUGUCAGCCUCUCACGUAUAAACGCUUCACUGCCGGUGAGGCUUGUUGUGUCAAUAUGGCUUCACUUUGGCUCUAUGCUCCAUUUCUGCCCCUAGAGCUUCGCUUCAAGGGUUAGCCUACCGGGAUAUGCAUCACUCUGACACUCUGGACAAUACAGCACAGCAGUCUCCAUUUUACUCCCGAAACAUCCAAGGAAUGUUUAUAACUCAGUGGAAACAAACCAAAAAAAAAAGAAAAAAAUCUACAUCACUGUGCAACUGGUUGCUCGACUUUCCUACACUCAAAAAAAAAGUCCUUUAAUAUGUUCAAACACAGGGUAUAAUCUCAUCACAUAAUAAGGUAUGAUUGUGUAGUACUGUGCUCAUUAUCAGAGGUGAAAGAGAGGAGGUACAUGAGUGACGCAGACUGAUUUGUGAUUUAGUAAAUCAAAGUGGAAGAGGAGAGCUAAAGAAAAGCUUGCAAGAGAAAACAAGAAGGGAUGAACUGCAUGUGAAAGACUGAAGGAGAGAAAGGAGUGAUACCUUGAAAUAAUGAGGUGGAGGAUGUCUGAUGAAAGGAAAAUGAAUAUGAUGGUAACAGAGAUUUGAUUGGGCGACAGUCUGUGGAAAAAAAUUGGGAACAAAGGCUUAUUCAUUCUCUGCUAAGCCAACAUCCCGUCACUCUAUGAUGUGUUUUGACAUCAUAUUCCUCAACUCUUCAAACUCAUCAAACAACACAACAGGGUCAUAAACACGAUUCCUUCUUAGUGUGUGCAACUACAAAAAGAGUUCAAACUUUAAUAACGUCUGUGCUGAAACGUGCGAUGAGGUUCAGGCUGGUUUAAGAGCGACAUAGCACAGAAGUGUUCUUUAGAGAAGGGCUUUUUGUCUCUAUGAUUUCUGUUUUCUCUAUGACCAGAGAUGCUCUUAUUACGGCCCUUUGUAAUUGAAUUAUAAGGAUAUGGACGGCCACUCAUUAGGUUUUCUGCUUAUUAACUCCCCACAGUUUAAUUAACUUACUGGCUCUCUUCCUGUGGCAGUGAUCCCGUCUGACAGGCUGCCUCUCGGAGAUCUGAGACGUUUGUGUCCUCGCAGGUUUUUUUUUGGACCAAUUGAUAUUUCUUCCCGCUCUCUCUACAAGACAAACUGAUUUACUCAUGAAAUCAUUUCUUUUGAAAGUCUAGUUUAGUCCUCAACUCUUGUUUGCACGCCCUCCAAAUGAUAAAUGUAGGUUCAUUAUGUUCCACGUUAAAGCAAACUUAAUGACCUCAUAAACUUGAUUGUAAAACCAUAGUUUAGUGAUGGUAACAAAGCAAACCAGUGGAAUUUAUUUUUAAUCUUUAUUUACAGAAUUUUUGUAUUUAAACCUACAUAUUUGUAUUGUAAUUACAUUGUACAAAAGAUAAAUAAAGUAAUAUAAUAUUACA